GCUCCUGUCGCGUGGCGCUGACGCAAGAGGGUAGGCCGGCGGUGGCGAGGCCUUUUCUUUCGCCCGCCGCUACCGUAUCCGCUGUCAUCGGGGCUGUGACGGGGUGGUGCAGAAGUUUAAGAAAUGGCGAAGUUUGUGACACCUGUGAUCCAGGACAAUCCUUCCGGCUGGGGCCCGUGCGCCGUCCCCGAGCAGUUCAGGGACAUGCCCUACCAGCCCUUCAGUAAAGGAGACCGCCUCGGAAAGGUGGCUGAUUGGACAGGAGCCACUUAUCAGGAUAAAAGAUAUACAAACAAGUACUCGUCGCAGUUUGGUGGUGGAAGUCAGUAUGCAUAUUUCCAUGAGGAGGAUGAAACUAGCUUCCAGCUGGUGGAUACAGCACGAACGCAGAAAACAGCGUACCAGAGGAAUCGUAUGCGAUUUGCACAGAGGAACCUUCGGAGAGACAAGGACCGUCGGAACAUGCUGCAGUUCAGCAUGCAGACACUGCCAAAGAGUGCCAAGCAGAAGGAGAGAGAUCGUCUGCGCCUACAGAAGAAGUUUCAGAAGCAGUUUGGAGUGAGGCAGAAAUGGGACCAAAAAUCACAGCAGAAGCCUCGUGACUCCUCUGUUGAAGUUCGCAGUGAUUGGGAGGUGAAGGAAGAGAUGGAUUUCCCUCGGCUGAUGAAGAUGCGCUACCUGGAGGUGUCUGAGCCACAGGACAUAGAGUGCUGUGGAGCCCUAGAAUACUAUGACAAAGCUUUUGACCGUAUUACAACAAGAAAUGAGAAACUACUGAGGAGCAUUAAGCGCAUCUUCCAUACCGUCACUACUACUGAUGACCCAGUUAUCCGAAAGCUGGCCAAGACCCAAGGGAAUGUGUUUGCCACAGAUGCCAUCCUGGCCACACUGAUGAGCUGCACUCGCUCUGUCUAUUCCUGGGACAUCAUUGUCCAGAGAGUUGGAUCCAAGCUUUUCUUUGACAAGAGGGACAAUUCAGAUUUUGACCUCCUGACAGUGAGUGAAACAGCCAAUGAACCACCACAGGAAGAGGGCAACUCUUUUAAUUCUCCACGCAACCUUGCCAUGGAAGCCACCUACAUCAAUCAUAACUUCUCACAGCAGUGUCUGAGGAUGGGAAAGGAGAAAUACAAGUUUCCCAACCCAAACCCCUUUGUGGAGGAUGACAUGGAUAAAAACGAAGUAGCCUCUGUUGCAUACAGAUACCGAAGAUGGAAGCUGGGAGAUGAUAUAGAUCUCAUUGUCCGCUGUGAACAUGAUGGAGUGAUGACAGGAGCUAAUGGAGAAGUGUCAUUCAUCAACAUCAAAACACUGAAUGAGUGGGAUUCCAGGUAUUGCAAUGGAGUAGACUGGCGCCAGAAGCUUGACUCUCAGAGAGGAGCUGUGAUUGCCACAGAGCUGAAAAACAAUAGCUACAAAUUAGCCCGCUGGACGUGUUGCGCGCUAUUGGCUGGAUCAGAGUAUCUUAAACUCGGGUAGGAUGGAGUUUUCACACCAAGCACUUUCCAGGUGUGCGUUUUCCAUGAUUUAACCCAGUAUAUGUCAAAGUGAACCAUUUGUAGAAUGAGUAAUCAUAAAACCACACCACAUUUUGAGUGGCCAAGGGGAGAAGGCUUGCAGUGAGCACACCAGCUUUGGUGUAAUCUGCUUCCCAUCAGCAUCAGGCUGAUGUGCCCCGUGCUGUGACCUUGUGAGACCUCACACACAUGAUGGACAGGCGACCUCUUGCAGCGCUCAGCCUGUUUGCCAAGACUGCCAACGAGAAAUAAAUGCAUUAACUGUGCUACCUGUCAGAAAUGUGAUUGCGAUCCUUAGUGCCCUGUUACUGAAAAACUGGGUGGAGAGGAGCCCUUUUUAAACUGUUGGCUCAAAAUCAGUUGAGUCCAUGCCAUGGAUAAUGAACAAGAGGCGUUUUUUAACUUUGGUUCUGGUGGUUUUGCAAUCCCAGGUUUCAUCCUUGGAUAUGGGACCGAUGCAUUUGCAUCUGUUUAAUUCCAGACUCCAGGCUAAUCAUGCUAUUGUUUCAUUUUAAUCUAUGUGACUAAUUCUUCUGUAUCUUAUACCAUCCCAUCUGAUUUGGGGUGGUAGAAGGAUUCCAGGUACAUUCCUGGCUACAAGCUGUCAUCAGUAGACUUUCUUAGCUUUCAGCCCAGAAAACACAACUAAGAUGAUCAUGGUGCUUUUCUUGAUGUUGUUCUUCUGCU